AUGUCUUCAUCAACACGACGGUUUGAAGUUCAGCAUAUUUGCAAUCAAGUCGUGUUGGUGUUGGUUCUUCGAUUGCUGAAGUAUGGCAACCAGCCCCGUGUUUCCGACAGGCCUCGAGCUCAAAGCAGCCGCCAGAAGUUGCUCAUGGCCCUCGCACAUUGGUUCGGGAGGGCGCUCUUCCCAACAGCACGAGCAAACGCAGGUCUCAGCUCAGGUAAAAACGUGUCUGCACCUUACCACUCUCCUGAGGAUGUGCUGCGGGCAGUGCAGCAGCCGGACGAAGCCUACGGCUCCCAGGGCUCCUCCGAGAACGGUACGACCUCAGCAAGUGACGCCGGGCCCAGCCGGGUGGCGCCGAAGAUAGAUGCAGGAACGCCUUCGUCAUCUUCGACGGAUUUCCUUUCGUCUGGAGGCGACACGCUUCAGCGGGGUUCUUCGGCAGCGCAACAACUCAUCCAGUUAUCCUCUACUGGCUCUGACUCAAGGUCCUCUGACAAUGUGGAUGAGCCAUCUGCAUCCAGUGAGCUCAAUGAUGUCGAAAUUCGGGACCGGAUCAACGAGCGGCUCGCCGAACCAGAGGCGAGCCCUGCUCCACUUCUUGAUGCCCAUGCCAGCGAGUUGGAUCGCUCUGUCAAGGUGACGAUGGACUCGGAUGAGGAGUGCCGCUGCUGCGCAGACAGGCAGUGCGAAUGCCAUGAUGAGGCCUUCCUGCCGCGCACUCCCACUGCGAAGAAAGCAGACUGGGCCAUAGAGCACGAAUUCGACAUGUGCUGGAUCCUGGAGCCGGCGUGGUCACUGCGUAAGCCAAAACGCCGGACCUACUGGCCGAAGGCGGACGCAGAAUUUUUCGAGCCAGACGAGUCGGAGACAGAGACCGUCGACUCCCUGACCGAGCAAUCGGCACCUCUCGAGAAGAUCGACGUCCAGGCGGCCGCCGAAGGGCUAGACAUCUCGCCGACAGGCUCGAUCGAAGGCAGCGUCGGAUACGCAUCGGAGGGCAGCUUCACGGACGCGCAGCAGCUUGCAGCAGCUGCUGUUGCGGCUGCGGCGGCACCCUCCACAGCGGCUGCAGCCGACGUCACGCAGGCAAUGGAGGAGCGCUCCUCCGCGAGGCCAGUCGCUCCAAAGCUGAUGGCCAGACUGUUACAGGCUCUCGGCGCAGUGUGCAGCUGCCUUUGCAAUGAUUGCGCUUGA